AUGAGGUCCCAAAGUUGGAUCAACCUCGACCUUCGCUUCUUUCGGGCAACACCUAAAGGCUGUCCACGCCUUGGAAAGGCACCGGUGCUCCAUUUGACGCUGAGCACGGAGGAUGGGAACGUCCAGGCCAUGGAGUUCAUUGGAAAACACCAGAGGCAGUACUACGCCCAAGAGGGUGACGCUGUGUCGGAUGCCUUGGCGCAACAUUUGACCGAGAGCCUGCUUCGAGUGGCCCUGGAGUUUGUGUUCCACCCCUCCCGCAGCAAAUUCGCACGCGAGCUGCUCGUGGUGCGGGAGUGCAGCGUGGAGCCGGAAGCGCUGCAGCGACGGGAAGAACUGCUACCCAGGAUGUUGCAGUCCCUGCAGAGAUCCAACGAGAAGGUGAAGAAAGUGAUCUUGGAGUUCGGUGGACAACUGUACCUGCCGAGUGACCAGAAGGCCAAGAGUUUCGUGGUCUUGGACGAAGACGUGCUAAAGGUGGUCCCUGCCAAAGAGCAGGUCAAGGCGGAGAAGAGAGGCGAAACGUCUGCAUUCAAGGGCUUUAACAAAGGCUUCUUGAACAACAAGGUCCUCAGAGGACCAGCGCAGGCCGUUCCGGCCGUGCCGGCCGUUCCGGAACGGGCUCCAUUGGAGCCCCGGCCGGUUCCGCCCGAUGCGCCGCCGGUGAGCACCAGCUCUUUGGAGAAGCGGCAGCUGCUGAUGCCAGCGGCUGCUGAAGCUCCGGGAGCUGCCAUGCACAGGGCGUUGGUGUCAACGUUGGCCGCGGAACCGCCAGCGGAGCCGGAAGAGGAACCGGAGGAGCUGGGCGAAGUUCUGAACAUUUCGCAACUGGCAUCCCAACUCUUUGGCGACGCAGAGGAGGAGGGCUCCUUGGAGUCAGUCCCUUUGAUGGGAGCGGUGCCAAAGACAGCGCCGCCGCCCGAUGCUGAAAGCGAAAGGUUUGCUACCAACAUUGGUAGCGGAGCAGGUAAAACACCUGACUCCUGCUGGCUAGGGGUAGUGGAAAACGUGGAGCACUUCAUUUGUGUAGCCAGCCCUGUGUCGUCUGGCCCGGAUGCAAUGAUUGCCCAACUGCUGGAGAAGCGUCAGCAGGUGAAGGAUGAUUACACUGAGGUCUGCCUGGUGUCUAGCCCUGGUUUUGCAGUGCUGGACAGUGGGUGUGGGAAGACCAUCAUCGGGUCUGAGACCUUGGCUGGAUUCAAAAAGAUUCUCUCUGCAAAGGGAAUUGUGGUGCCUCCAGAGUUUUCUGAAUCAAAUACCUUCAAGUAUGGGAACGGUGAGACUGAAGUUUCCAAUCGUAUGGUCAAACUGCCUAUCUGUCUAGCUGGCCGACGUGGCUCCAUUCAUGCUGCAGUGGUGAAAGGACAAGCCCCCCUGUUGAUGUCGCGAGUCGCCUUGAAAUCAUUGGAAGCUGAGAUGAAUUUUGGGAAAGAUCAAUUGAUUGUUUUCACUGACCGUGUAUCGGUUCCUUUGACUGUGAACAGUGCUGGACAGUAUACAGUGAACGUCUCCAACUUUGCCAAGAUUUCAGAGUCAGCCGUGAAUGAUGACGACGAGAGCGACCUGCCAAUGCUGCCUGAGCCCAGUCCUGCCGCCCUGCUGAGCCAAUGGACCAAUAAGCAACAUCGCCACCUGAUGUCGCAGCUGUGCACUGAGAACUCUCAAGCGGCCAGGGAACUGCAAGACUCUCAGAAUCAACCGGCACCCGAGGGUAUUUUCAGUGAUGUAGAAUCCCCUCCAAGUGCACCUGUGGAAGACACCGAGAUGCCUGAAGCCCCUGCUGACGAAAACGUCAGGGUAGUUCCGCCGACGGGACCUGAGUCGGAAUCUCAUGCUGCUCCAGGUGAUGGCACAAACACAUAUGGACCCUUGCGUAGGAAGGUGCUAGGUAAGUCAGGUCCCCAAGCCUUAUACCGUCCUGCCAAGUUGAAAGAGGAUGAUUUUGCUGAAAUCAUGCGUGAAAUUGUGCCUGAUUUGAUUGAGCAGACUUUGGCAUCGGAGUCAUCCCAGUCAGCACAGUUGUCAGAGACUGAGAGGAGCUCCAGUGUGAAGCGCGCCUUAUCGCCUUCAGAAGUGCCUCCAUCAGUGAACCCUAAGAGUCAACGAUUAGAUGAACCAGAUCAUGCACUGUGUGUUCAGCAGCAAUCCAAUGAGGGAGUCACGUUCGCAUGCGAUGAGGUCGAAGUUUUGUCUGUGGCUGUGACGUCACAACAUGCCGAUCUGCCGUCCGAUCGUUUGGAAGAUCAUGAAAAGGCAGAGCUCCGUGGCCUUGUAGAUGCCGGAGAAAGUCCCGAAGCGUUUGACCUGCUCCGGGCUUGCAUCCGAGUCAUGCGAUACCAGAUCAGCCCCGAAGAAAGUGUCCUGAAAUGGCGAGCAAAAGAGAGAGAGCGUCGGAAGCAGUUUGCAACCAGAGCUGUGUGCUCAACCACCUCCCAUGUCGAUCAGCCUCUCAGUAGUCAUGGGGACUGA